AUGGAAUGUCUUUUUCUCGAAGAGCGUAAAUGGAAAAGAUGUGCCGAUUUAGCAUUGCCAAGAAGUGGUGUGGGCGUUGUUUCAUUACAAAUGAGAGUUUAUGUUAUGGGUGGUAGAUAUAAUACGCGGUAAGAAAGUAUAAAUGUUGUUUGAAAGAUUAAUAUUCAUAGCAAACAAUUUUAUUAGGACUGUAUAUAUGUGUAGUAGUGCUUAGAGAAUUCAAUUUGAAUGCCACUUUAUAGAGAAGAAGGAAGAAUACCCCGCCUUGCGGCUACCUUGCGGUGUAGGGUGUUGCCGAAGCAGUUUCGAUAAGC